GGAGCCUGGGCCGCCGGAGCUGCAGCGUCGGGGUAGCGCGCGGCUACGAGGUCACCAAUCUAAGCAGCUUUGAAUUGAUUCAGACGCCGGUCUGGGGCUGCAAAUGCCACACGACCGUGCCUGUCCCCGCACACCAAAGGCGAUGACCCGGGACCGGACGGCGCGCGGCGGGCGUCGCGGGCCGAGGAGCGGACCCUCCCUGUGCGCGGCCACGUUGCGGCCCGGCCACCCGCCCGGCCCCUCAGGACCCCGAGGCCGAGCGCGGCCCGGGCGGACCGUGACCGCGCUGUUUGGCUUUUCCAGCCCCGACCGCUGAGGGCGGCGCGUGCGUGGCCGUCGGAGACAUGAACUACGCGCGGUUCGUCACGGCGGCGAGCGCGGCCAGGAAGCCUUCUCCCAUCCGCACCAUGAUUGAUGUAUAUGGCAAGGACUUAAAAUCGGUCAUCUACUUGAGUACUGGAUCACCCAAUCCAAACACGUUCCCCUUUAAGACAGCUGCCAUCACUGUGGAAGGUGGAAAGACCAUCCAGUUUGGGGAAGAGAUGAUGAAGAGAGCACUUCAGUAUUCUCAAAGUGCUGGAAUUCCAGAGCUUUUGUCCUGGCUAAAACAGUUACAAGUAAAAUUGCAUAAUCCUCCCACCGUCCACUAUCCCCCCAGUCAAGGACAAAUGGACAUAUGUGUCACGAAUGGCAGCCAAGAAGGAAUUUAUAAGGUGUUUGAAAUGAUCAUUAACCCUGGAGAUAAUAUCCUCGUAAAUGAACCUAUUUAUGCAGGAACACUUCAAGCUCUGCAGCCUCUGGGCUGCAACAUCAUGAACGUUGCCAGUGAUGAACACGGGAUUAUUCCAGACUCCCUCCGAGAAACACUUUCCCGAUGGAAGCCAGAAGAUUCAAGGAACCCCAAGAAAAACACCCCCAAAUUUCUUUAUACUGUCCCAAAUGGCAACAACCCCUCUGGAACCUCAUUGACAAGUGACCGCAAAAAGGAAAUCUAUGAGCUUGCAAGAAAAUAUGAUUUCCUCAUAAUAGAAGAUGAUCCGUACUAUUUUGUCCAGUUUGACAAGCCCUGGGCACCAACAUUUCUUUCCAUGGAUGUUGACGGGCGAGUCAUCAGAGCUGACUCUUUCUCCAAAGUGCUUUCUGCCGGGUUGAGAAUAGGGUUUUUAACUGGUCCAAAACCGCUGAUAGAGAGAGUUGUUCUUCACACACAAGUGUCAUCGUUGCACCCCAGCACUUUUAACCAGCUCAUGAUAUCACAGCUCCUACAGCAGUGGGGAGAAGAGGGCUUCCUGGCUCACGUACACAGGGUUAUUGAUUUCUACAGGAACCAGAGAAAUGCAAUAUUGGCAGCUGCAGACAAGUGGUUGGGUGAUUUGGCAGAAUGGCAUGUUCCUACUGCUGGAAUGUUUUUAUGGAUUAAAAUUAAAGGCAUUUCUGAUGUAAAACAACUGAUUGAAGAAAAAGCCAUUAAGAAAGAGGUGUUAAUGCUUCCUGGAAAUGGCUUCUAUGUCGAUAACUCGGCUCCUAGACCGUAUGUGAGAGUGUCCUACUCUUUAGCAUCUGCAGAGCAGAUGGAUGAGACUUCUACAAACAGACGAGACUAAGAUGGAAUUAAAGUUUGUUGUCUUCAUGAAUAAUUUCUCUCAACUUGCUGAACAGUGCUGGGAGAUUGCCAACAUGUUACGAGGAAAACCUUUGUCCUUACUUCAUGGAAUUGUCAUGAGCCAAAAGUACAAAUUCAUGACAGACAUCAGUCUCCUUCUCUGAAGAAAAAAGUAACAGCAGGGUCAAGUAGAAUGAUAUUCUUAAAUUAAUCACAAUCUAGCUUUAAGCAAAAUAACAAGAAGGAAAGAAACAACAUCCUAAGGACUGUGUAUCUGGAAAUCCAAACAGAAGAGCUAUAAAUUGAAUAAUGCAAUUAACAUUGAGAUGAGUUCAUACUCAUCCUUGGAGAUGGAAAUUUUUCUUGUGUUCUUUAGUUACUUGCAUUCUUAUGUCAUUAAAUAGGCUUUUCAAAGUUCCCUCUGCUUUAUACAUAUGAAUAGAGUUGGAGAAUUGAAAUUAUAGAGAAUGCAUUGCAGAUGAGAGAGUAUACGAAUAUACAAGAUAAUUUGUGUUGUGGAUAACAUAGAAAAUGAAAAUAUUGAGGGAUAUACAAACAAAAAGAAAAUCCAGGAAGUCUGAUGUAUUUCCAUCGACAUAUUUUAGUAGACGUUGAUGGCAUCCUGCCCAGAUAAAGCUGAUGUUAAACUUGACUUUUCAUUGUCUUAUCUCAACUUCAGGUGGAUACUCUGUUUGAAUUUUUAAAGUUAUGACAGACUUUUCCAAAGUAACAUCCU